AAGUGAUUCAAAGAUUAAACAGUGUCAAGUGAUAAUUCUGACAAGAUGAGGAGUUCAAAAGUAUACAACAAGAAACAUACACAUUUAUUCCAAUGUGAAGAUCAAAAUAGUCAAAACAAUAAGAAGAGUAAUAAUUUUGUGAUAAGGGAGGUUCCAAUAAAGAAAUUGUUCAAUGGAGAUCAUUGUACUGAUAAUAAUUUUGUUAAAGGAAAAAAUUAUUCUAUAGACUAUGAUAUGCCUGAGCUGGUUGUUUUUAUUCAAGAGGAUCAUCAUCAGCAGCAGCAAUAUGUGAAGGACAUUUGCAUUGAUAGAGAAGGAGAAAGAAAGUGUGACAUGAAUAGAAAAAGUGAUUUAAAUUUAGGAAUUAUGGAAACCAUGUCAAAUAAUUCAUUAUCAGAAUGUUCCUCUCAGCAAUUUUCCUUUAAGGAAGCUAUGAAAGUGCAUGGGUUCAGAAACUUGAUGAAAAGUGAAAUGGAGCUUGAUUUAGGAAACAAGAUUUCAAAUGAUCUACACCUCACAAAGAAGACAGCAGAGACACUUAGAGAGGCUUUCAAAAGGGAAAGAAACAUUUCUAGGUGCGUGGAGAAUUUGCAAAGAAAUUCAUUUUUAGGAACAAGUGGAAGCAAAGUGGAGUUUCCACAUUCCACAGACAGUGUACAAGUGACUGACACAAAUUUUUAUAGACCUGAUAUAAGUUACUUACAAAGUUUAACAGCAAGUUCAAGAGAAAGACAAGUUGAUUAUCCUCAAGAGACAUUAUCUGGUCCUCAUUCAUGUAUUGGUCAUGCAAACACCUUUAGCAUUGCCUCUCAUAAAUCUAAUGAUAGCAUAGGCAGUUCAAACUCAUUUGCUUUUCCCAUAUUACCGGCGGAAUGGAAUGGAAGUCCGGUGAGAAUGAUGGAAGCUAAUAAAAAUCGAUCAAGAAAGCAUCGAUGGAGGAAGAUGUUGAUGCCAUGCUGUGAUUUUGAUGACCAAAAUUUUGCAGUUUAGCAUACAUUGGGAAUGGAAAGUUCAUCCAAAUCUUUGGUCUGGAUUUUUUGUGUGUGAUUAA